GGUGAGUGACCAGCGAAAGGGCGGUGAGGGUGAAAGCGGGCGACCCCCCACCACCAACAGACCCUGCCGCGAGCCUCGCGUUUGUCCGGCCGGUCGUCUUUCUCUUCUCUAUUCCGCGGCCAGGACUCGACCUGCAAGCACCUCCAACAAGGGAUACCCUUCCUGUGACCACAAUCCGCAGCAGCCAAGGAAAGCAUUGUAAUCAAGUUGUCCCGAGACAAGAGCAGCAAAAAGCAGCCAAAAUGUCGAUGACCUGCGCGAGGUGUUCGCCACUUUUGUGCCUUGUGCCGCUGCUGUUCGCUCUGACGAGUGCCGCCCCUUUGGCGUCCAGCAACACUUCUUCCUCUUCUUCCACCACUUCUUCCACUUUGCAAACCACAACCACCACCCUCUCGACCACCGCUCCGACCACGCAAGAAUCCACCGGCACUUCCCAAAUGUCCACCUCGACGGCCUGGCCCGAGUACGAACAGGCGGCCACGACGCUGGCCGCCGAGGAGACCAACGAGGAGGAGAUCAGGCUGUGGCCGGGCUACUGGAUCAAGACGGACGCGGACCAGGAGGAGGCGCAGGAGAGCAGCAACGUCGACUACCGCACCGAGGUCUAUCACAUCGCCGACCUCUUUUCGACAGCGAAUUCUUCAAAAUCGUCCGACGAGUAAUUUAAUUAUAUAAAUCAAAGUAAUUGAAAAAAAUAGAAGAGAAGAAUUAGCCAUUUCAGGUUACUUGAUGCCAAACUCUGAUCAUACAUUUUCAUUCUCCAUAAUUGUCACAAUUUUUACUUCAUUUUUCCCCAGACAAUUAAAAAUUACAGAGCAAUUAAUGCCAAAUAUACUCAUGUCGACGGUUGAUUGCUGAAAAUAGUUUUUAGCCCUCAUUCCUCAUUUUUUGUUUGUUUUGCAUUUACCUGGAAAGGCGUCUAUUAUCAAUUUGUGUAAAAUGCAUUUUAAUUACUACUUCAGGAGAGUCUUCGGUACGUAUAUUUUUAGAUUUUAAGAGCUACGACGGACUGUCCUACCUCCAGGAAAAGUACUCUUUCGAAUGGUUCUAUUUUUUUGCGGGACGGCGCCUCUCGAUUCGAGGCGUUUUGAUUUUGUUAGUUGACUGACUUUGUGAAAAAAAUUCCAUGUACAAAUUAAGCGAUCACGCAGCAGUUUUAUUACUUUUAGACGCUGCUACAAUUUAUUGUGAAAUGCCGGAUGGUCUGAGCUGGACAGCAUCUUUUAAAAUUUUGCAAAUUAAAAAAAGAAGAUAUUUUUAUGCAAAUUUCCUUUGAGCCUCAGACCCUAAGCAUUGAAGAUUUUCUACUCCCUUGUUUACUCCCAAUGUAAUUUUAGUAAUUUUUAUUAAAUAAAUACAUUAAUUU